UACAGAGUAUAGUGAAGAAUCUAUUUAAGGCGCCGCAGGGAGGGCUGCACGGCCGGGCUUGUGGCUCCAGGCGCGGCGGGGGCCUCCUGCCGGCUCCACGAGCACUUUCUACUUGUGCAUGGGCUUGGUUUCUACGAAUUGCCAUUAAACAUCGCUGCACCAGCCAGCCUCCGGCCUCUGUCUGCGGGGGGCGGGGCCUCGGCCGGCGGGAGGCUGCGGGCGCGCUGGGCAGGGAUCUAAGCCGCGCCGGGCGGGGCGGUUGCGUGGUUUUCCGCCUCCGACGUGUUUCCGGCCUUAAAGGCAUUUUGCCCUUCCCUUUAAGACGCGCCGCCCCCUCUCAGUCACUCCCAAGAUGGCGGACCUACUGGGCUCCAUCCUGAGCUCCAUGGAGAAGCCACCCAGCCUCGGUGACCAGGAGACUCGGCGCAAGGCCCGAGAGCAGGCAGCCCGCCUGAAGAAACUACAGGAGCAAGAGAAACAGCAGAAAGUGGAGUUUCGUAAACGGAUGGAGAAAGAGGUCUCAGAUUUCAUCCAAGACAGUGGGCAGAUCAAGAAAAAGUUUCAGCCGAUGAACAAGAUAGAGAGGAGCAUACUACAUGAUGUGGUGGAAGUGGCUGGCCUGACAUCCUUCUCCUUUGGGGAAGAUGACGAAUGUCGUUAUGUCAUGAUCUUCAAAAAGGAGUUUGCACCCUCAGAUGAAGAGCUGGACUCCUACCGUCGUGGCGAGGAGUGGGACCCCCAGAAGGCUGAGGAGAAACGGAGGCUGAAGGAGCUGGCCCAGCGGCAGGAGGAGGAGGCAGCCCAGCAGGGACCUGUGGUGGUGAGCCCUGCCAGCGACUACAAGGACAAGUACAGCCACCUCAUUGGGAAGGGGGCAGCCAAGGAUGCGGCCCACAUGCUUCAGGCCAACAAGACCUACGGCUGUGUGCCUGUGGCCAACAAGAGGGACACACGCUCCAUUGAAGAGGCCAUGAAUGAGAUCCGGGCCAAGAAGCGUCUGCGGCAGAGCGGGGAAGAGUUGCCACCUACCUCCUAGACACCCCAGCUCCCUGGGGCAGGGCAGAGGGCAGGGAGGGACGAGGCUGCUAUUAGAACCCAUCCUGGAGCCCCACCUCUGAAGCACCUCCUAACAGCUGUCACUCAGGCUGGGGGAAGCAGGUGUUUGAUUUGUCACUGUUGGAGCUUGGAUGUGUGUGUGUGUGUGUGUGUGUGUGUGGGGUGUGUGUGUGUGUGUGUGUGUGUGUGUGUGUGUGUGUGUGUGUGUGUACAGGUGGGUAUUUAAUCUGUUCUCCCUGGAAUUUUCUUCCCCGUGGGGCUGGGGUUACUUUACAUUCAAUAAACACUGUUUGACCCAA